GACCUCCUGAUCGAGAUGCUGGGAGUGCUGGCCAGCUACAGCGUCACGGUCAAGGAGCUGAAGCAGCUGUUCAGCGCCAUGAAGGCCGUCAACGGGAAAUGGCCGCGGCACUCAGCCAAGCUGCUGAACGUGCUGCGUCAGAUGCCGCACCGGAACGGACCCGACGUGUUCUUCAGCUUCCCCGGACGGAAGGGCUCUACACCUGCACAUAUUUCGACGGCCGACUCCAGCGGUCGCUCGCGCCAGCCGAUCCGGGCGGUGUCUCUGUAA